AUGGAGUUUGAGGCGCUAGAUACGAAGCUAACGCAGCUUGAAAUUACGGUCCAGAGAACAGAGUUUGUGUUGACUUCUGCACGACGAGAACAAAUCAAACGGCACCUAGAAGCAUUGAAAGCGAUUUCAUGUGAAACUGACGAAUGUAAACGAGCCGUAGAACUCGAGAAAAUCGCAAAUAAGGAAGAGUUAUCCGAGAUAAACAAAUGGCAUGACGAAAUUGACGAGAAAUUAAAUAAAGCCGAUAUCGAAAUAAGUCGUCUCGAAGGGUGGCUCAACGACAAGGAGAAACAUGAGAAAUUUUCUGCACAAGAAGAACAGCUGAAAUUCGAACUAAAGCUACACGAAACAAAGUUGAAGUUACAAACAGAAUUGACAACAAAUUCAUCGCCAGACACGUCCAGUACGACUACAAUCACAGUGUCUGAGAAAACCGGAAAGCUUCCAAAGUUGGUGAUCUCAAAAUUUAACGGAUCUUAUAUGGAUUGGCCCAGAUUUUGGGGACAGUUUUUCCGAAGCUGUAGACAAGAGUACCAUAGCCCCUAUCAGCAAGUUUACGUAUUUGUGCGAAUUACUUGA